AUGAAAACUCCAACCCUCAGAGACUUCACCACCCUCCAACUCGACUACAUAAUAGUAGGCGGAGGAACAUCCGGCCUAGCAGUCGCCGCGCGACUAAGCGAAGAUCCCGAAAUCCAAGUUGGAGUCAUCGAAGCCGGCCCAUCAGCCCUAGACAGCACCGACAACGCCGCAAUCAACAUACCAGGCCGAUAUGGCGAAACCAUCGGGUCCAAGUACGACUGGCAGUUCCAGACAGCGUCCCAGCCAGGUCUCGGCGGUAGGUCGCUACCCUGGCCGCGAGGUCGUGUUCUAGGUGGUACAAGUGCGCUUAACUACAUGGCGUGGAACCGUGGCCAUCGUGAUGAUUAUGAUGCCUGGCGAGAAUUGGGGAAUGCAGGCUGGGGGUGGGAUGAUCUGCUACCGUUCUUUCGUCGCAGUGAGAAUUUCCAGCCUCCUAGCACUGCGCAUCAGGAGUAUUAUAGGUCUGCUUUUGAUGCUCGGGUCAAUGGGACUGGUGGUCCUGUGCAGACGUCUCAUGUCAAGCAGUAUGGGAUCGCGCAUCAAUACUGGCAUGAUACGCUCAAUAAGCUGGGUGUUGAGUCUGUUCCUGAUAGUCUGGCAGGAUCUAACAGUGGCGCCUGGAAUAUGGUUUGUUCGUUGGAUUCAAAGAGUCAGGAGCGAAGCUAUUCUGCUUCGGCGUACUAUGCGCCAAUCUCUGGGCGCAAGAACUUGCAUGUUCUGACUGAAGCCACAGUCUUGGAGAUUGUACUUGAUUUGGAUGGUGAGGGCAGAUGGGUGGCAACGGGAGUUCACGUUCGUUGUGGCGGAGAAGUUGCAAAGAUAUCAACUGCUCGAGAGAUAAUUCUCAGUGCUGGAGCUGUGCAAUCUCCACAACUCCUGGAACUGUCGGGGAUAGGUAGACGGGACGUAUUAAAGGCUGCGGGUAUUGAGGUGAAGGUACACAAUGCCAACGUUGGGGAGAAUCUACAGGAUCAUAUGAUGACCGCUACUAUCAUGGAAAUACCAUCUACAUACCCCACUCGUGAUGACAUCCUCGCUGACCCUAUUCAACACACUGCUGCGGACCAUGCCUAUUACGCUUCGCAGACAGGACCGUGGACUGUGAUGCCAUGCUCUGUGGCCUACACGCCUCUCUCAAAAAUUCUGACCUCCGAAGAAUGUGCCGAGCUAUACAAGGAAGCUCAACAGCUUGCAAAUGAAAGCGGCCAUGCAUCCGAUGCCCUUCUAGCCAGCCAGUUUGAGCCAGGCAAAAUGCGCGGUCAAAUUGAGUCUCUCUUCGACCUUGGGAACUGGAGUCCAUAUUUCACUUCCGAGCCCGGCAAAAAGUAUGCCACGAUGCUUCAAAUGCUGCAAUAUCCUUUCUCGCGAGGAUCAAUCCAUCUACCUCCGAAAGGCAACCAGACUAGAACCACUGUUGACGACAGCCCUAUCAUUGACCCGCGGUAUUACCUCGGUGCUGGGCAUCUUGAUAGGAAAAUCAUGGCACAGGCACAAAGGUGGGCCGAUCGAAUCUGUCAGACCGAGCCUUUAGCUCAGAUUGUGCGCGGUUGUGUCUUUCCUCCACCCGCAGAGGGAUCCGAGUCUGAGGAGAGCGUAUUCGAGGCUUUUGUUUCUAAUUAUACUAUCACUGACUGGCAUCCCGUCGGUACCUGCGCUAUGGGUGGACACCAGGGCGCCAAAGCUGGAGUAGUUGACGAACGGCUUCGGGUAUAUGGUGUUCAUGGCUUGAGGGUUAUCGAUGCUAGUAUCAUGCCCUUGCAGAUCGGGGCCCACAUCCAAGCAACGGUCUACGCGAUAGCCGAAAAGGGAGCAGAUAUGAUCAAAGAGGACCAAGCAAAUAGAUAA